CUGUGGGGUGCACUGGUGCUGCCACCAGGGUGAUAGUCCUGACCAGGCAGAAGCGAGCUAAGGUGCAAGGUCGUGUGCCUGGGUCGGGCCUUGCCCGACCGCUGAGAUACUAAAUGCAGAGACGCCCCCAGCCCAGGUACCUCGCGAUCCUCCCCGCCUACCUCCACGGAAUUUACUACUUGGUCUUUAAGGGGCGGGGUCCGCGCACGCAUGCACGAGGCGUCAUCACCUUGCGCCUCCGGCCGGCGUCUCCACGUGGGUUUGGUGUUGAAACUGGGACUGCGAGUCAUGGCGGGAGCCGAGAGUUGGAAUGCGGCCGGAACGGAGGCCCCACAGCCCCAGAAGCGCUACUACCGGCAACGUGCUCACUCCAACCCCAUGGCGGACCACACGCUGCGCUACCCUGUGAAGCCGGAGGAGAUGGAUUGGUCUGAGCUAUAUCCAGAGUUCUUCGCUCCAUUCACUAAAAAUCAGAGCCAUGAUGACUUAAAGGAUAAGAAAGAAAAGAGAGCUCAGGCCCAAGUGGAGUUUGCAGACAUAGGCUGUGGCUAUGGUGGCCUGUUAGUGGAACUGUCACCGCUGUUUCCAGACACGCUGAUUCUGGGUCUGGAGAUCCGAGUGAAAGUCUCAGACUAUGUACAAGACCGGAUUCGGGCCCUACGCGCAGCUCCUGGAGGUGGCUUCCAGAACAUUGCCUGUCUCCGCAGUAAUGCCAUGAAGCACCUUCCUAACUUCUUCCGCAAGGGCCAGCUGACCAAGAUGUUCUUCCUCUUCCCUGACCCACAUUUCAAGCGGACGAAGCACAAGUGGCGAAUCAUCAGUCCCACACUGCUGGCAGAAUAUGCCUACGUGCUGAGAGUGGGGGGGCUGGUAUAUACCAUAACCGAUGUGCUGGAACUACACAACUGGAUGUGCACUCAUUUUGAAGGGCACCCCCUGUUUGAGCGUGUAUCUCUAGAGGAACUGAGCGAAGACCCCAUCGUGAGACAUCUAGGCACCUCCACUGAGGAAGGAAAGAAAGUUCUUCGCAAUGGAGGAAAGAAUUUCCCAGCCAUCUUCCGAAGAAUACAAGAUCCUGUCCUCCAGACAGUGAGCCCCAGUCCCACCCUGCCUGGUCACUGACCGCUUAUCCUACCUUGGCUGGACCCCAUCUUCCAGGGACUGGAAAGAAGAUCAAGACCCCUGGAUCUUCCCAGCUGAGAAUGCUGACACUAAGAGGCAGUGAUCUCUCAAAGAGUUGGAGAGCUGCCUAGGGAAGAACUUCAGUGUUCACAACUACCCCGAGCUCCUCUCUCCUUUUACCUUCACUGCUAGCAGAAAUCAAAAGAAGCUGACUGAGAAGGGCAAGAACUUUGGACCAGAGUGGAUCUUUGGAAGGAUGUGGGGUCUUACCCUCCCUCAGCAUUCCCUUCCUUUUAUAGGAUCUCUCCUCAGCUGGAAUGAGGAGUGCAAUGCUUCACUGUCCAUCUAAACUGCCAACUAGGCCCAAAUCACCUGUCUACUGUGUUUACUUUGUGGUCCCAGGGAUAAUAUGUAUGUGUGCACACAUGUCUGUUCCACCAUUUCUCAGGAAAGACUAGUAUAUCAUGCCUUAUCCCAUCCUCUCAUUCCCUCCCCACCUAAGGCUUGACUUGGGGAAUCUAUGCUCCCU